AUGAGUGCUCAGCAAAUCCCUGAAGAGAAUGUCAGACAAGUUUUUACAGAGUCGAUGAAGCUGGGGCAUGCUUUCAACCUGGAUACCGACAACGUGCUGCAGAGAAAUGGAGAUGCGGGAAGCCUGUUUGGAUUUUCUGUUGCGUUUCACCAGCAGCUGAGGCCUGCCAGGAAGAACCUAUUGCUGGUCGGAGCUCCAAAAGCAAAACACCAGAACCACGGGAAUGUGACAGGUGUUGUCUACCAAUGUGAUCUGACUACGACGUCCGAGCACUGUCAGCCCAUUGAGUUUAACAGUGAAGAGUUCCUCGAUAGUAAAGACAUAAACGGCCAGUGGAUGGGCGUUAGAGUGACGAGCCAAGGUCCGGGUCAAAAUGUAAUGACUUGUGCUCAUCGAUACCAACAGUGGAGCCCGAGCCCCAGUGAGAACGUCCCUCACCUGGUGACGGGGCAGUGUUACCUUCUAGGAGACAACCUGGAAACUGGGGAGGAAGAGAGGACCUGGAGGAGGGUUGUUUGUGAUGCUGAGCACCUCAUCAGAUGUAGCAAGGACCAGGAGUGGUUUGCGUACUGCCAGCAGGGUCAUGGAGCUUCUUUUGCAAAGGACAACCAGUCGCUGUUGUUUGGGGCCCCCGGUGCUUAUCAGUGGAAAGGGAUCGUACGACUGGAGCUCUUGGACAACCGGGAGAUCUUUAGUGCAGAUCCUCGUGAAACCGGGGAUAUAGACGUCUUUAACCAGAAGCUCAUUCCUCUCCAGAGAAACAGCUACCUGGGAUUCUCCAUUGACUCUGGUAUGACCCUGAUCAGGAAGGGUGAACUGACGAUUGUAUCAGGAGCACCCAGAGGAGGCUUCAGCGGCCAGGUGACAUUUCUCAAAGCGGAUCCUGUAGCUAAGAGAAGUUUGUCUGUGGAGUUGAUCCUCUCUGGUCCUGGCUUGGCUUCCUCCUUUGGUUACGAUGUGGCAGUAGUGGAUUUGAACAAUGAUGGAUGGGAGGACCUCGCUGUAGGAGCACCACAGUUCUAUGUCAAAGAUAGUUUGGUGGGAGGAGCAGUUUACAUCUACAUCAACAACAGAAGCAAAAACUGGGAGGAUGUUGUUCCAACUCAGCUUCUUGGACAUAAAGAAUCCAUGUUCGGCCUCGCAGUGGAAAACAUAGGGGACAUCAAUCAGGACGGUUAUGGAGAUAUUGCUGUGGGAGCACCGUAUGAUGGUUCUGGUCGGGUGUAUCUCUACUGUGGCUCCUCUGAUGGGAUCAACAAAAAGCCAGCGCAGGUCCUCUCAUCAGGAUCCAAAAACAUUCAUCUGUUUGGAUAUUCUCUGUCCGGGAACUUGGAUGUGGAUGACAAUCAGUACCCUGAUCUGGCUGUAGGCUCCCUCUCAGAUUCUGUUUUUAUUUACAGAGCGAGGCCAGUGGUCAGUGUUAGCAGCACUCUACAGGUGCAACCAAGUGAAAUAGACAUAGCAAAGGACCAAUGUGAUAAACGCACAUGUUAUUUUACAGCUCAGGCGUGUUUUACCUACACUGCACAUUCAGCAUUGUUCAACCCCAAACUGAAGCUCAACUUCAGCUUUGAGGGUGACACCGAGAGGAGGAGGGCGAGGCUUCCUCCCAGGGUCGACUUCCUGGGUUCAUCUCAAGGACAACUGGAGCUGCCAGGACAAGGGAGAGAAAUCUGUGUAGACACCAAGCUUCGAAUUCUGCGUGAAAUCAAAGACAGGCUGCACAAUAUCCCCGUCUCCGUCACUGUGUCUCUGUGGAACUCCAGUCACACAACCAGGACUAGUGCAGAUCUGCCCGUUGUUACCCCUGUCCUCAACCUCUACCAGCACAGGAGCACUGUCUCAGAGAUCCUCUUAAUAAACAAGGGCUGUGGCAGCAACAACAUUUGCCAAAGUAACCUGGAGUUAAAAUACAAGUUCUGUUCCAGAAAAACACAAAAUGAUCAGAAUGUUUUCUCGUCACUCGCCAGAGAGGAUGGUGCAGCAGUCAUCACUCCCUCUGUGGAAGACAUAGCCUUGGAAAUAACUGUGACUAACAGAAACGGGGAUGACGCACACCAGAGUCAUUCAAUCAUCAUGCUCCCGGAUACUCUUCAUUACUCCUCUAUUAUCUACGACGCAGCAGCAGAAACACAAAUGAGUUGUACAGCCAAUGACCAAGGAACACGAAUAGACUGUGAGCUUGGAAACCCACUCCAAAGAGAUGCUGAGAUUACUUUUUAUGUCAUACUCACCACGUCCAGGAUUUCACUGAGUACAAAAGACGUUAACAUCACUUUGCAACUUAUCACGACAAGUGUGCAGACCAUUCAACCUGUUGAGGCAGUAGCCAAAGUGGUUUUUGAGCUGAACCUUCAAGUACAUGGACUAGCCAGACCUUCCCAAGUGUCACUUGGUGAAAACGUGAUGGGUGAAAGUGCCAUAAAGACAGUGGAUGAAAUAGGAACCCGGGUUCAAUAUGAGUUUAAGAUAACAAAUCUGGGCAGACCCCUUAAAGAUUUCGCCAACGUGUCACUAAAUAUCUACUGGCCAAAGGAGAACUCUGUAGGAAAAUGGCUUCUGUACUUGACUCAGAUCACCAGUGAAGGAGUCCAGUCCGUGUCCUGCUCCCCUGCAGAAGAAAUCAAUCCACUGAAACAUGUAAAGGGUUGGCUCGACCCGCCGAGGAAAAGACGCGAAGCCGAACACGAAGGUGAACCUGAAGCGAUCUCUACUGAUCUGCUCCCAUUUCUGCCAAAAAAAAGGAAAUACAAAACUUUGACCUGCUCAGAUGGACUGAACUGUGUGGAGAUACACUGCCCCCUGCUGGGUCUGGACAGUUCUGCAGUGAUGUUUCUGCAUUCUCACCUCUGGAACACCACUUUGACUGAGGAUUACAGCUCUUUGAACUAUCUUCACAUUGUUGUGGAUGCGACCCUCAGUUUAACCAACUCUCCAGAGAAUAUUGGACUGAAACUAGAGAAGCCCAACACAAAGGUAAAACUGACAGUGUUUCUAGAGAAAGAGACUAAAUUCUUCACCAAAGUUGCCUGGUGGAUAAUCUUCCUCACGGUCGUUGCUCUGCUUCUGUUGCUGGCCUUUGCUGCGUACUUGUUGUGGAAGCAUGAAUGCAUCAACUGUCUUGCACGUAACAAGAAGCCCACUGAACACAAUGAAGAUAUAAACCCAGAGACUGCUCCUCUGAAGGCCUAAAAGAAGAAACCAACGAGGCCCCGAUGCAUCAUGUACCAGGGUCAGUUUUUAAAGGGUACUUAACAAUAUGUUAUAUUACAUAUGGCUUUAAGAGAUAACUUUGAUGCAGACCU